CGGCGCCGCCCUGCAGACGCGCUGAUAUCACGCAGUUGCGUAAUUUGACAAGCCAGUGCAAACCAGAGGAGGAUGAGCGUUUGACAGCUGGGUACCCGGGGACUGUUUUCGAGGCAAAGAUAAUUCAUUGAUGCUGAAUUUGUUCGGAGAUUUUAAUUCUUUUACGACAUAGGACGACCGUAAGGCUAUCUGUGCUUUUAAUGGCCGCAGCUCUGACGAAUUCGGUUUGGGUUGCUCCUAGGCAGGACGCGCAGUUUCUCCACAAAACCCACCCAGCGGCGCCGCUGACAUCAUCCGACGGUCUGAGGGGUGAGGAUCAUGGACAAGUGCUGUGUAACGCCAUCCUGGGAAUUUCAUCUUUCCCAGAUUAUAAUCUGGGUAAACCCGAGAUGGACAACUACUUCCUCCAAGAUGUAAUAAAUUCAAAAACUGACAGGGAUACUGCUCCCAUGCUGGAGCCACCUUUCAACGAAGACUUCGCCUCUUCUUACAGCGUCAACAUGAGCCUGCUGCUUCCUGAUGCCGCUUACCUGCACCCUGGCCUCUGCAGGACUGUGAGGCAAAUCAAAACGGAGCCAUCACACUCCCUGAUGCACUCCACCUGCCAGGGCAACGGAGUACCAGCAACCCUCCCAGAGUACUCAGGAAUGUUUAAAGCAGCUGACACUCCUGGUGGUAGCUUUUUCAUCAAGCAAGAAGUGCCGGAAUUCCAAGAGAUUCCCCAGUUUCAGAUGUUGAACAGUGAAUUGGAGCAGAACUCUUUCCCCAUCACCCCUUUAAGUGUUCCAUGCGGGAAUCAACACGUAGGACAACUAUCAAACAGUUCACAGACUGAAUGUUUUCCAUUUAAUCAGCACUCUGGUCAUCAGUUUAGAUCAACUUAUAUGCCACCAUCUCCGCCAAAUACUGAGCCUUCAAGUCCCUCCAACAUUUCUCCUCCUCCCUCCUACGAAGCCAGCAUUGCCUCAAAGACAACACUUCAGACCCACAGUUCCACUGAACCCAGACAGACUUCCAGCGAGCCAUCGAUUCAAAACCAUGACCAAAAUUAUGCUUCUGGCUUCAGCCAAAGUCCAGUUGGUGGACCGCCUCAGAACUCCAGCCUGGCACCAGCUCAGACAACACCAGGUGUCGGGCCACUGUCUCCAGAGUUGGCCCAGUCUGCUCCGGUCAAGUACAACCGGAGGAAUAACCCUGAUCUGGAAAGACGCAGGAUUCACCACUGUGAUGUUCCAGGGUGCCAGAAAGUAUAUACAAAGUCAUCUCAUUUAAAGGCCCAUCUACGGACCCACACAGGUGAGAAGCCGUACCAGUGCUCCUGGGAGGGAUGCGAGUGGUGCUUCGCCCGCUCUGAUGAGCUGACGCGGCACUUCAGGAAACACACCGGGGUGAAGCCUUUCCAGUGCGGUGUAUGCAGCCGCUGUUUCUCUCGUUCUGACCACCUGGCCCUGCACACGAAGAGACACCAGAGCUAAGGAAUCCCUUCACUGUAUCUGCUCAGUCUUUUUAGAUUUUACUUAACAUGGAAUAAAUAUUGAAAAAACAAAAGACUGCAGUUUAUUCUAUUUACUCUCAAAAGAUAAAGAUUGAUGUUCUGAUCUAACACUAAUUGUAUUUUUUAUUCUAAGAAUAUUAAAUCUGAUUGUUGCCUUACUUUGUCUCAUCAUUGUGAGACAUUUGCAGAUCUAUCAGUUAAACCUAUUUAAGCAAAUUUGUCCUUUUUCAAGCCUUGAUUUUGAUAAUGUACCACAUAUAUGAACAUUUGACACAUUUUUUUAUCUCAGAACUGUUCAUUGUGCAGAUCAUAUCAGCAUUGUGUUAGUUUAUUUAUGAAAGUUUUGUGCUGUCAACUGAAAGGAAAAGGAUGUUGUUUUAGCCUGUAGGUCAAAGCAUGAUCAUGAAUGUGAACUAUGGAGAAUAUCAGUGAUCGGUAAAAGCUGCACAUGCAAGAUGAAAUUAAGAGAAAGUACUUUGUUGUUGAGUACAGUUUGUCAUGCAGUCAGUGCGUUGCUCAUUGCAUGACUUUAAUACUCCCAGGUUUAUGAUACUUUAAAUCAGUAGAGCAUUGGCCACGAGAAGAUCCUUUUUUUUUUUUUUCUCCUUUCCCUGUAAUAAAAGGAUGAUGUUUGGCUUUAGAUGUCAAUGGUGUCAUUUAGAAAGCAGAAUUAUUGCAAGGGAAAAAUAUUUCUUCUGCUUUUUCAUCAUACUAUAAUAAUCAAACACAUUUUAAUGUCAAAGAUAACUUGAGAAAAAACACAAGCAUUUUUGUAAAUUAUGAGCUGUUUUACAUUCAGCUAUCCAUAGUUUAUACAAGAGGGGUAGCAAGGGGGACUGUCACCAAUUUCCAGCAGUAAUUGGUCAAGAAGGCAGGGUAAUCCUUAGACAUUUCGCUAAUUCAUCACAGGGCUACAAAGCGACACACAGGACAAACAACCAUCCAUGCACACACACUUCUAAGUGCAAUUUGGAGUAACCAAUUAAUUCAACAUGCAUAUUUUUGGAUUGUGGAUGGAAGCUGGAGUACCCAGAGAGAAUUCACACAUGCACAGGGAGAACAUGCAGUCUCAAUGCAGGAAGACCCCACGCUGAGAUUUGAACCUAGGACCUCGUUGCUGCAAGGCAACAGUGCUACCAACUGCAGCCAUAGAGUGAAUGUAUUAAGAAACAAAAAACAAGCUAUCUCACUAACUUGGCCCUGUGUGACAAUAUUAUUGUUCCCCUGGUUAAAAUCAAGAAUGAAAUGGGAUUAACCACAUUUUCUUGGUUUAAUUUAACUAGCCACACCCAGGGUUGAUUACUGUCUGACCUAUAGAAUCAAGAACUCCUGUCUGACAACGUGAAGCAAGCUAAAAUAUCUCAAAAGGCAAUACAGCAUUCUGCAAAGAAAUGUAAGAAUUUCUAAGAAGUUCAGAGUCCAGUAAAUCAAAGUGAUCUACAAAUGGGGAAAACAUGGACUGAUCAGCCAAAUUACUCCAAGAGCACCUCAACGAUUCAUCCCAGACGUCACCAAAGAAUGCAGAGCAACAUCUAAAGCACUGCAGACCUCACUCACCUUAGUCUGUGAUUAAACAAGGAAAAAGGUAUAGGUAGGUAAAAAAUGCAAUUAAUGGGAGAAGUCCUAGGCUAAAACUACUGCAGACCAAACAGAACACAACGGCCAUUUGUUGGGGAUCAUCAAGAUGUUUUUUUGGCAAAUUUGAUUGUAAUCAUGAACCUCAUAGUUCCAAAUCAGUCUUUCUUGUUUGUCUCUUUUUUAAUUUACUUGUUUAGACCAGUUUAGGUUAUUUUAGAUCAUUAUGGAAUGUAAUUUAAAAAAAGUUAUUUUUAAUGUCUGUUCAAUUAUUUUACUUAAAACUGAAAUGUCAAAGAUACAAAGUUUUUAAAAACUCUGGGCCCGGUAACAUUGAUAGCUUUGAAGCAAGAAGAAUAAAAUAAAGAUUUAGUAACUAUUUUUUUUUUCUCAGAAACUGAAUCACACAGUCAAACAUUAUCCACAUGUGAAUUCAUAAUAAAAAUAAAUCAUGCAUAUGUGUUUUAA